UAAACACAAAACAAACCGGGGUUUUCGAGUGCAAAUUGUUAUUUCCUGAAGAUAUUUCGUCCAAUUUUUGAAUAAUUAAUGCGCUAGAAUCAUGAAAAAUCGUCCGCUUAAGCACAAAAACAAGAACUCCUUCCAGUUCAAAACAUUCAACGAACGCAUGGCCGAAGUAGACAUCCGUCGAUCGGCACUUUAUCACGUAGAACACGAAAACGAAUCACUGGAAGAGAACCAAUCGUUUUUUCAUCAAACCAUUCAAAAAUGGAGCGUUCUCAAUUUGACCGAAGAAUACCAGAAGUUCCAGUUGCCACUGCGUGGAAUCGUUACUUUGCCACAAUUGUUGCACCGGAAAGAGUUUGUCGUUGGUCACCUUAUUCGUUCACUUGAAGCAGCCACCAAUCUUUCGUUGCAAGCAUUAUUGGAAUUUGUGGUUGUGUUAGCCAGAGACCUUCGCGAUGAGUUUACCUCACAUUUCUGGAAAAUAUUGGAUAAACUUUUAACUCUACUAGAUUCCAAGGAAGCAGACCAGCUCGAAUGGACACUGCUCUGUUUAGCGUCGUUGUUCAAGCUACUACGCGGAUUUCUUCGGAAGGAACUUGCUUCGCUAUUCGAACGGAUCUUACCACUUUUGGAUGAUGUAAAACCCCUACAUAUAGUAAACUUCGCAGCAGAAUGUUUUGCUUUUGUUGCCCGAGAUACAAAAGACAAACGUGAACUGAUCUAUAUGAUAACAUCAGGAGUUGUCGAUAAUCCCUCGGCUGUUAUGGGAUCAGGUCGUUUGAUUUUCGAAAUAAUGCGUGGUGUAAAUCAACAAUUCCAUAGUUGUGCUGCUGAAUUUUGGUCACUCAUGUUAGAGAUGGUUGGACAAGAAUCGGUUGAAACAAAAGGAUUCGAACCGAACAUUUUGUUCAAAAUUUUGAUUCAAACCGCUACUGAUAUGUUGCAGUGCAUUGAGAAACAACAUCUACAGCCAUUCUGGGGUUCUAUGUACAAAGCGGUUGACAAUACACUCUGUCUUGAAAAUAUAGCGGAGAAGGAAACCGGUUUAAACUAUCUCGUACAGUUGAUUGGUGUAGUAAUUGAGCAUCAACACGCGAGAUACCUAGAUUCUAGCGAUAUUCUUAUUGGGAAGUUGAUCAAAAUUGUAAACCGGUGUACCCAUCUCGAUCUACUGAGUCAUGCAGUAAAAGUCGCUACUAUAAUGAUGCUCUCGCACAAUCUGAACCUUACUCAACUAGAGGCUAGUCGCCUUUCGAAGAAUAUUUUGGCGAUCGGCUCACGCUCAAGGGAUAUUUUUGAAAACUUUGUUUUAGAUUUGGCAGACUACCCAUUGUUUGAAAUCCUGAUCUUUCCGGCCUAUAUUACUUUUUAUGAGAAGCAUGUCGAUAACCGUAGCAUUUCUUUGUUGGCUCAAAUAAUUCUGAAGAAGGCACCGCUCUGCACACAUGGUUUGAAUUUGGACAGUUGGAGACAGUUUCCGAUUAAAUUCAAAAAUGAUAAUACCAAAUCACAUCUGCUGCAGAUAUUCAAAGAUGCGAAGCCCAGCGCUGAUAAUAUCGAAUUUAUAUCUAUCCUAGUUUUACUACCACAUUUGACGGGUAUCGACAACGACAAACUUGUUUUGCAAAAACUCAAAAGCGAUAUUGAUCUUGUGUUAUCCAGAGUAGAUGAUUACAACAGCUUCAUUGUUUUAAAUAUUUUAGUCGAAUGUUUGAUUCAUUUGUUCGAAAAUAAUACUGAAACAUUGAAUAACAUCAUCCACAAAACAUUACCGCUGCUAACUGAAGGGAGAGAAGACUUAAUUUGUACAGUUAGUUUGUGUAUGAGCCAAAUAGCAGUCGAGAAACCCCAGCAAAUGAACGGUAAAUUGUUCGACAUCGUCCAUGAGUUUUUGAGUCCGUUUUUGUCUUCGGUUCAUAGAAAAUCCCGCCUUCUGGUGACACAUUGCUUCACAUUGUUCAAUAGGAACAAAAAUACGAAAGCCAAUGACGACGAAUCUUUGUUUGACAUUUUAUAUGGAAUUGAAUCUGUAGAGCCAACGAUUCAAUCGUACCGUGAACAAAUCAUGUUACUAAAGAAACUCGAAUUCGAUUCCAAUUACUUUCAAACUGUUACCGAUCAAUCACUACAGUUGGAUGCCAUGAGAUACGUCGUCUCGCUGCUUUCUGUGAAUUUCAAACUACUUUGGAAACCAGUGAGUGAGGUACUUGAAACAUAUGCGGAUGAUUUUGACAUUGGUUAUUUCUGGGCGGUAUACAAAAAGCAGUUAGAAACGUCAAUGAAUGGUGUGAAACUUGGCAAUUCCGAGCAUCCACAGUGUGAAGGCGACAACCAAAACGAUAUACUGCAAAAAAUCAUAAAGUACAACUUCGAGAACACGCUCGAUAAAGUGGAUUUUGUUAACUAUCGAGUUCAACUGUUGACAGCUUUGGCAAACUUUAAUCGCAUUUUUGAGUCUAAAAAUCGCGAUAUAGUUUUAGCAUUUUUUAAAUUUAUUGAAACAGAGUAUCGAGUGAAACAAGAGAUGUUGCGUGGUAAUGAUAGUAACAACGAUACACCAAAGGCGACACAAAAAGUUUUGAUAGCCUUUUUGAACAUAUUUGCCAAAGUGAGAAACCCGAAAACCAUCUACAAAGCCGAUCAUCUGUACACAUUUUACGAAGAACUACUCUCGCAUCGUAGCUUUGAGGUGCAGAAGCUAGCUCUAGAUUGUAUUUUUACGUAUGACAAUUCUGUUCUGAUUCCGUACAAAACAAACUUGUACAACCUAGCUAGCGAAAAAACGAUAAAGGAAGAGAUUCAAAGUUUUUUCAAAUCUGAUGAAAGCAACCAGGAUAAGCUACAGUGCGUUGUACUGGAUGAGCAUCGACCAACCGUAAUACCAAUGGUUCUAAAAAUUAUACAUACGAAAAUGGUUCAAAAGGCAACGUCCACAGAAAUGAAGCAAUUAUUAUUGAGAUUUGUGGGCAACUUUUCGGAACAAGAAAUUAGUAUAUUCAUCAGUAUGUCAUUAAACUAUUUUGAAAAUUUACUUCAGUCCAAUCCCCUUGAAACGCAUCGGAAAAUUAGCGAAAGCUGCAAAAACUUUACUGAAGAGAUGCCAUUGUACCGAAUACAAGUGCUGAUGAAAAUGAUUGAUGACAUUCGGGAUCGGUUUGCCGGUUUGAAAGAUGAGAGCUUCACGCGAUAUUUAUUGCAUAUAAAAAUUUGUAUGGAUUCUAUCUUGCUUAGAAUGGAUCACGCGACCGUGAAACAUUUGAAAUCACAAGCAUUGCUCAAUUUGGUUGAGUUUUUCGAACAUUUUGACGAAUAUUGCUGGUCCAAAGAUGAACUAGAAGCAAUUUUCGAAGUCUAUGUAUGGUCUCAACUGGAAAAAUUGGAAAUAGAAUGCAUCCAUUCACCUACACCUUUGUUAAAAUUGUUUGUUUGUUGGAGCAAAAACCCGCGCUUACAUCAGCUGCUGGUCAAGUAUAAGAAUGAUUCCAAUCAAACUUCCUUGAAAAGAAUAAUAAAUUUGGUAGUUUGUGGUAAAGCAAGUGAAGCUGUUUGUCAAGAGAUCUUAAAGUUAGUCAUGAAUAUGUUGAGUUUGGAGAGUGGAGAAUCACGUGGUACUCUCGCCGUGCAAAACGUGCUCCAAAUCGACGAAAAUGAGUUGAUUGAAAAUAAUCUGAAUGCAGGUACCUACCUGUUGACUCCAUUUUUCCCUGAAAUACUCGACUAUCUCCAGCAGGUGCUAAAACGCAAGGGUUCUAUCAACAAAGAUCAGCUGGCGGUUUUAACACGUAUUGCGGAUUACGCCACUGAUGCUGAAACAUGUGAAGCAUUGGUUAAGAUGUUGGUACCGAUGACGAUUCGUAAAAUUUCUUUACCCAAUACCGAACCUGAAACAAUACAGCAAAUGCAUGCUGCCAUUUCAGCGUUGGUAAAAUUAGUUCCGGAACCAGAAAAAUAUUUGCGUCAAAUAGGGCUACUGCUCGAACGUGUGCAGGAUCUGGCCACACGAAAAAUUAUUCUUGAAAUAAUUGAACGAAUCACUAGCGCAUCGGAAUUAUUGGUUUAUCAACAGUGCAUUGCAAUAAUUCGAGAUAUGAACGCCAUGGACAAACGAUGGCUUGAUCAACCCGAUUACGAUAGACGCCUGCAAGCAUUUCGAACUGUGGAUCAGCUUUUGGAAGAAAAAACCAUCAAUAUGGAUCUAUCAAUCCUUUUUAUUCAUCAGUGCUUUUACUAUCUCAAAACAGACAAAGAUCUCGCAAUUAGAGACAAAGCCAAUUACUACGUACAAAAGCUUGUUAUAUUUAGCGUCAACAAUCGGACAGACGAACAAGUGCACGAUGUCCGGUAUCUUAUAGAUCGUGUGAUACUCACAUCUCUAAUGAAGGGAGUUAAAGAUAAAAAUAUAGCUACCAGAAAUGAGGCCAUACAACUUCUUGGCAAUUUAAGCCGAGAAUGUUCCGAUUACAAUAACGUGUUUGCCGAUCUGCACCAUUUCACUAACAGCCGUGAUCGCGAAAUCGAUUUUUUCGAUAAUAUAACUCAUCUACAAAUCCAUCGUCAUCGGCGUACCAUGAAGUUAUUUUGUAAAAUUGCACGCCAGCUGAAAGAGCCUCUCACUCCAAAUACGCUGGUAAAUUUUGUAUUACCGAUUGUAUCUUCUUACCUGUGUUGUGAGGAGUAUCGCAAAAAAGCCAAACUUACCGAAGCAGCUAUAAGUUGUGUGGCCACCAUCAGCAGAAUGCUUCCAUGGCCGCAUUACAAAACACUCCUUAAACAAUAUCUUGGCAAAAUGAAGCAGAGUAUUGAGUAUCAGAAACAACUUAUUCGAUUAGUAACAGCGUUGUUAGAUAAUUUUCAUUUUGAUCUUUCCCUGGCAAAUAACAAUUUAAGUGACGUUGAUUCUAAAUUUUAUGAGAAUUCACAGAAAACCGAUACUUGUAUUGAAAGCGAAGAUCAUGAAACUAUCGAUGAACCACUGGUAACUGCCCAAAAAGAAACUAUGAAUGAUAGUUUGAAAAAAAUAUAUUCCAGAAUAUCUUUUAAAAAUAAAACGAUACUCGAUAAGCCACAUGCCGAGGAAGUUCUACAUGAAAUUGCCAAAAUAUUAAUUCCUGAUCUUUUUUCCACUAUCAACUAUCGGGAAACGCAAAACACAAUAAAACUGAAUGAGCGCAAAGAACGAUAUAAACGCGAGAAAGAAGAUAUGCUUAAAAUACCUAUUGCCACAGCGAUUGUAAAAUUGCUUCAAAAGCUACCGCAAAAGUUUAUCGAGCUUAAUCUUCCUAAGUUAACUAUAAAAGUUAUAAACUUUUUAAAAUCAAAUCUAAAACAAGUGCGUAACAUUGCACGCGAUACUUUAAAAAAUAUUAUAGUAUCAGUAGGGCCAUCCUUCCUACGAGCAAUUCUUGAAAAUUUGGUAGCUGUGUUGACAAGAGGAUUUCAGGUUCACGUGCUAGUUGCAACAGUCCACACUAUUCUUGAUGCAAUCAAAGAACAACUAAACUGUACCAUUGUAGAUGACAUCUUACAACUGGCGUUGAAUCUGUGUAUUAAUGAUAUUUUUGGACAUUUGUCUGAAGAAAAGGAAGUAGGAUCUUUAUCGAGGAAAACACCUGAAGCAAAACCAAACAAAAAAAGUUUCCUUACUUUGUAUAUAUUAGCAAGGCAUAUGAGUGAGAGGUCUACUCUAGAUUUGAUAAUACCCUUCAAAGAAAUUCUUGUGAAAACUAAUUCCAAAAAGACCGUUUCAAAGGUGCAGGAAGCGCUAGGCAAAAUUGCAGAAGGAUUAUGUAAUAAUACAAACAUCAGUUCCGAAGCAUGUUUGAUAUUCGUGUUUGGUAUAGCUUCUGAAAGCAUUCCAGAUUUGGUUUGCGGUAAAAAAGUAGUAUUGUCAGACACACAGAAAAAUAAAAUGAAGAUCAGUAGACCCGAUAUAUAUCUAAUCCCGGCCGAACCAAAACGAAGAGGGGCACUCAGUCAUAAUCCGGCGACUCUUGGUACUAAAACAAAUGCGCAUGUCCUUAUGGAGAUGAGCUUAGAAAUACUGCACGUGCUCAUUAAGAAGAAUCAAAUUCUAACCAACGACUACGAACCGUUCAUUGAACCACUUGUGCCCAUACUAAUCGGCUCUAUGGAGAGCAGUCACCUUAAAGUGGUUAUGCUUAGCAUCAAAUGUAUUUCUGUUAUUUGGGCGUCCAAGCUUCGGCUUGAAGAGCUCGAAAGGAAUACCGAACAGUGUUUAGACAAUUUGUUGAAAAUUCUUCACAAAUAUGCAACAGCGGUUUUGAGUCAAUUAGAUGAAAAUUUUCAACUAGUUAAAUCGUGCUUCAAGGCCGUAGUAACGCUGCUCAAAUUUAAGAAACAGUUUGCGGUAAGUGACAAGCAGCUUAAAGUCUUGUUGCUGUAUGUUGAACAGGAUUUACCUUAUCCGGAGCGACAAAAUAUGGCUCUCAUCUUGCUGCGUGCAAUAGUGGACAGAAAAUUGCGGGCUGAAGAAAUGGCAGCUAUCAUUAAAAAAGUCGCUGAACUCAGCAUCAUGAGUGAGAAUUCGAAAACCAGGGAGGAAUGUCGACAGGUGCUACUAAAUUACUUGAUAAACUAUCCUUUGGGCAGCAAUGUUGAUCACUUGAUCAAUUUCUACAUCAGUCAGCUGGAAUAUGAGGUCAUAUCCGGACGCGAAUCAGCUAUUAAAAUGUUUUUAUCUAUAUUUAAGACAUUCCCCGCUGAAUCAUUGAACGCAAAGGCCCCUUUUUUCUUUUUAUCCCUCGGAGUACGGCUUAUAAACGAAGAAUCAACGGAUUGCCGAAUAAUGGUUGCAGAAUGUUUAGAAGCGUUGUUCGAACGUUGUGAUAUAGUUCGCAGAGAUGAGUUAUUCGAUCUGAUACUAACUAUGCUCAAGGAUGAAAAAUUAGCUCAUCGUGAGCUUGCUGCUCAGUUAAGCAUUCGAUUGAUGAACGUCGAGAAAGAGGAAAUCCGUAGUCGCUUGACCAAAUUACUCCCUGCAUUGCUUUUUACGAUAACAGAGGUAGACACUGAGAGUGUUGGAAGAUUUGUUAAGCUACAUGGCAAAUGUCUAUCCGCUGAUGAUAACGACAAAAUGAUAGUGAAGUCAAGAGACCAUGCGCUACUCCAAGUGUUGAAUGCCACGAACCGUCUUUUUGAAAUAUGUCCAGAUGUAAUUUCAUUUCAACAGUUUGACGAAAUUAUGGAUGAACUUGCCUACACCGUCCAAACUCUACUAACUCACGGACAUGAAUGGGCUCGAUUAGGUGCCCUCAAGCUCCUCGGACAGUUCCUAGGUUCAUUGGAUUUUGAAAUAAUUGGUAAAACUAUAUCGGACGGAGAAAACUUGAAUCGAAGACAGUUCAUCUAUAAUGAUCCGUUGAAUGAUGUUCGAGCGAUUGUUCUGGAUAUGUGUUCUCAAUUAGAUCCACUCCAUGCUGAUGAAGAAAUUGCAGGCUUAGUAGUACAAAAUUUACUAUACGUAGCCAAUGUUCUAAAGUUCGCUCCAUUAAAUAAUAAUGAUGAUAAAAAGAUCAACUUAGCUUGGUUAAUACGACGAGUACGAUACAUUAUACAAAGUGAAAUAGCAAAAGCGCCGAAAUCUAUUAUUUUGCGGCGACAUAUGUUCAACUGGAUGGAAGCGCUAGCAGAGCUAAUUGAUGUUUCGACUAUUGUUGAGCUAGCUCCAGGUCUCUUGUCACCUGUGGUGCGAGAAUUAAGCGACAAAGAUCACUUAAACGAAGAUUUGAAGCAAAUUGUGAUCAAUGUUUCCGACAAAAUACGUGCUAAACUUGGAAGCGAAAAGUAUGAUAUGAUUCGUUUGGAAAUGUUAUCUAAUUUGCAGAAGAAACGUGCAAUGCGACAAAGGGAAAUUGCAGUCGAGAAAAUACACAAUCCAAUAGAAGCUUCCAAACGAAAGAAUGCCGUGAAAAUGCGUAAGAAGGAAGCAAAAAAGCGGAAAAUAGAGAACCGUAAACGAAAAGCAUCAGUAACAAAAGGAUACAAACAGAAACGAAAACGUCAAAAUCUGGAAGACUUGUUUCAAAAUUAAUUCUCUAUUGCAUAUAUUUUAAUGAUUAUGGUUAUUCAUAGCAUUGCGGUAUUAGGUACUCGCAACUGCACACCUGUGAAUGAAAUCGAAGAACCAGAAGAGAAAAGCAAAACGGACAGAAAUGGAGGCUAUUGUUGAAAUAGCUGAACUGACAUGAAGCGAAGGCGAAAGUUGCAUAUCGUCAACAGUGGUCUUUUGUUCGGCCGUUUUCCGGACAUGCGGCGUUGUAUAUAAUGGGGCCAUCCUUCGGGGGAAAUG